AUGCAGCCAGAGCUUUUCGCGCCCUACUCUGCUCAAGGAGCCAUAGACACUUGGACCUUGAUGAAGAUUAUAAACGAUCCUGCAAGCUCCGCCUCACUUCUGCAAGGCCACUACGACUCUUGGAUCACAGAAGAUGACUUCAGACAGAUCAAGGCGGCUGGUCUCAACACGAUUCGUUUGCCAGUGCCCCACUACAUGUUCGGAGAUGCCGCAGGGGUAGCGCUCAAAACUACUAGUGGCGAGCCCUACAUAGGUUCUGGGCUCGAAAUUCCCUACGUAGACAAGGCUUUGCGGUGGGCCAAGCAGUACGGCCUUGACGUCACAUUUGACAUGCACACAGCUCCCUACAGUGAGUGACGGGAGUAGAACGCUGCCAGAUCGUCUCCUUUGUUGCCUAGGCUGACAAGCAGCUUCAACGUUUGCCGCAGGUCAAAACGGCUUCGACAACAGCGGCAGACAAGGACCAGUUGGUUUCAAAAAUGAAGGAGGUAAUCCUGCUGAUAACGUCAACCGUCUGAUUUUUGCUCUCACCGAGUCCGUCAAGCGAUGGGUCAACGAUCCAUCCUACGGAGGUGUCAUCAAGUCGAUCGGUGUCCUCAACGAACCUCAGAUGUGGAACGGCAAUCUCACCAGAACAUGGAUGGUCUCUCAAGUACACAAGCCCGCGUACAAAGCUAUCAUGGGCAACAUCACCUCAAAUGCCCCCAUCAUUCCUUCCAUCACCUUUCACGAUGGCUUUGACCAGCCGCUGAGCGACUGGGACAGCUCAUAUACUACAGCACAAGGUUACACCGCAGGUACCACCUCUCUCGACACACAUCGAUACCAAGCUUGGGCCCCUCAAGUGGACUACACCUGGGACCAACAUAUCAGCUACACCUGCGGUCUUUCAUCCGAGCUCAGCAAUGCCAACCGAGUACGGCCCACAUUCGUGGGAGAGUUCAGCCUUGCCACACGGUGCACCAACUGUAGCUAUGCAACGAUGAGCGACAACAUCAACGCUCAAAACAAUGCGACGCAGAAUCUCUUCAUGCGGAGGUUCUGGGAGGCACAGCAAGUCACGUACGAGAAGUCUGCAGGAUGGAUCAUGUGGUCUUGGAAGACGGCUAGCAGAGGCGACUGGUCUUACAAAGACGCGAUGGCGCAAGGCUGGAUUCCCUCGAACCUUGACGACUAUGCCUUUGCACGCGACUCGAACGGAUGCCCUACCAACAACCUGCGCAAAGCAGUCACCUUUGCUACCACAUCAUACCCCCAAACCAACUCUACAGGCAACUCCACCAUCACAAACACCGCUACGAUCACCGGCACCAACACUGCCGCGCUGCCCAGCACCACUACAAGUACCACUACCUUUGUUGUCACACCCACCACCACGACCACUCAGGCGCCACCCGCGCCGACAACGACGACCGCAGCGCCGCCAGCAUCUACGCCAACGACUGCCGUCACCGCACCCAACGGAUACAGAAUUAGCUGGACUAUUCAAGGCAAGCGUUCUUCGUACGCAGCCUCUACCGGCUUCAUCUCUCGCAGUACGCUGGGUCAGACCUGGCUCGGUGGGUCACAAGCCAACACGUGUGCCGCGAAUUGCGAGAGGGUCAAAGGUUGCGCAAUGGCCGAAUUGAUUCGUUUCAAUGGCGGUAAAGAAGGAGCAGCAGUGUGCGCUCUCUACAAGACUUAUCAGCAGCAGAGCACGGUCACUUAUACCACUGGACCAAACGGAUCCGGCGCAGUGGUCACCAGCUACGCUAUUCGACGAAACGCCGGCGCCGUAAAAAAGCGGCAAAACCUCUGGGACGAGAUCAUCGGUCAGGUCGUCGACGCGCUGAUUCCGCUCAUUCCUUCCACGGGCAAGCGCAUCGACCAGAACGCAUAUCCUUUCCUGAAGAAGACCACUUUCAACUUUGGACCGUACUCGCACUGA